AGGCCGCCUCAGUCCUCACCCACUCUCAAACCCGAAAAGCCAAAAAAGCAUUUUGAAGACGCACACCAUUGCAAAUACUUGACCGAGGGAAAUGGCUUAUCAUCUCUGCUCCUCACCCUCUUCUCUCUUCCAUGACCGCCAACCUUUCUGCAACUCUCUGUCCUCACCACGAAAACCCAUUCUCAGAAGCUUAACGUUCUUUUCCCAGCCGAAUCCUCUCCAACCUCAACCUAAAACCUUGUUCCAAAUAAGACAUGUUUCUAUACAAGACCCAAUCCCACAAGAAACCCACAAGGCAAGUCCCUCGGAAGACUCAAACACUAAAUACCCAGAUGGAAAAUCUGGGUCCUCAUCCAGAAGCUACAUCUGGGUCAAUCCCAGAAGUCCCAAAGCAUCACGGCUUCGGCGACAUUCCUACGAUGCAAGGUACGCUUCUCUUGCGAAAGUGGCCGAGUCUUUGAAUUCAUGUAAUCCAAAUGAGGAAGAUGUUGCUGAAGUUCUGGGGGCUUUAGGAGAUAGAAUUUUGGAACAAGAUGCUGUGAUUGUUCUUAAUAACGCGAUGAACCCAGACACCGCAUUGCUUGCACUGAGGUACUUUCAGCAGAGGCUGAAACCAAAUAGGGAAGUGGUUCUUUAUAAUGUGACUAUUAAGGUGUUUAGAAAGUGUAGGGAUUUGGUUGGAGCAGAGAAGCUGUUUGAUGAAAUGCUUGAGAGAGGGUUAAAACCUGAUAAUGUCACGUUCUCCACUCUGAUUACCUGUGCUAGGAUGUGUUCUUUGCCAAAUAAGGCUGUGGAGUGGUUUGAGAAGAUGCCUACUUUUGGGUGUGAUCCCGAUGACGUUACCUAUUCCGCUAUGAUAGAUGCCUAUGGACGGGCUGGUAAUAUUGAUAUGGCUUUGAGUUUGUAUGACCGAGCUAGAACUGGCAAGUGGCGCAUUGACCCAGUGACAUUCUCGACAUUGAUUAAAGUGUAUGGGGUGUCAGGAAAUUUUGACGGAUGCUUGAAUGUUUUUGAAGAGAUGAAGGCUCUUGGUGCAAAGCCUAACUUGGUUAUAUAUAAUACUUUGUUGGAUGCUAUGGGAAGAGCUAAAAGGCCUUGGCAGGCAAAAACCAUUUACAAGGAAAUGAUCAACAAUGGAUUUUCCCCGAGUUGGGCAACAUAUGCAUCUCUCUUGCGGGCCUAUGGUAGAGCUCGAUAUAGUGAAGAUGCGCUUAGUGUGUACGAGGAGAUGAAGGAGAAGGGGAUGGAGUUGACUGUAGUUCUCUACAAUACACUUUUGGCCAUGUGUGCUGAUGUUGGCUAUGUUGAUGAAGCUGUCAAGAUUUUUGAAGAUAUGAAGAAUUCUGGCACUUGCAAGCCUGACAGUUGGUCAUUUUCCUCCUUGAUUACGAUACAUUCCUGUAGUGGAAAAGUCUCAGAGGCAGAGGCAAUGUUGAAUGAAAUGUUGGAGGGGGGUUUUGAGCCAAAUAUUUUUGUCUUGACAUCACUAAUUCAAUGCUAUGGGAAGGCCCAGCGUACCGAUGAUGUUGUUAGGACAUUCCAUCGGCUCUUGGAGUUGGGAAUCACUCCAGAUGAACGCUUCUGCGGUUGUCUUCUGAAUGUGAUGACCCAAACACCUAAGGAAGAACUUAAUAAGCUUACUGAUUGUGUCAAGAAGGCUAAUUCAAAGCUUGGCCAUGUGGUAAAGCUCUUGUUAGAGGAGCAAGAUAGUGAUGGAGAGUUUAAAAAGCAAGCUUCAGAACUCUUUGAUUCAGUUAGUCUGGAUGUAAGGAAGGCUUACUGCAAUUGCUUAAUUGAUCUGAGUGUAAACCUAAAUCUGUUGGAGAGAGCAUGUGAGCUACUAGAGCUGGGGCUUACACUUGAGAUAUACACAGAUAUACAGUCCAGGUCCCCAACCCAGUGGUCCCUACAUCUAAAGGGUCUCUCUCUUGGGGCAGCUCUCACCGCAUUACAUGUUUGGAUAAAUGAUUUGUCCAAGGCCGUGAAAUGUGGGGAGGAGCUUCCUCCAUUGCUUGGAAUCAAUACUGGACAUGGGAAACACAAGUACUCAGAUAAGGGUUUAGCGACUGUGUUUGAGACACAUUUGAAGGAACUCAAUGCUCCGUUCCAUGAGGCUCCUGAUAAGGUUGGCUGGUUUUUGACUACAAAGGUCGCAGCCCAGUCAUGGUUGGAGUCUAGAAGUUCGCCUGAAUUAGUUGCUCCAGAGGUUUCUUGCUCAUAAUGGUCUGGCAUUAUGGGAACUGCUCUUCUCAUUGACAUGUAAUGCCUAGAAAUGCACCAUCAUGGGAAACUGCAUAGAUGUUUUGAUGCAUCGGCCAAAAGAGAAGAUUAGAGUUCUCAUGUCUGAUGGAGGAGAUGAGUUCAAUGCCUGGGCACCUGCUGAAAAAAUCACCCGUGGCCCUUACAAUGGCCUUAAGCUGGUACACCAUGCUGAGCCUCAUUCAUCAUUGCCACCCAACACCAGGCUAGAACCUUAUCUCUUACCACUCCAGGCACAGCCUCCUUGCCCUCCGAUUCCUUCAAGAACGGCCAACCCCAAAACUGGCAAGAGACGGAAAGUGCAGAUUGUGGUGACUAGGGAACGGUAGGAGUUGCUGUUAAGAACCACGCAGAAGUUCGAGUCCAAAGGUAUUGCUCUCCAUUGCUUAAAGAAUCUUCGGGUAGAAGGGUGUCAGAAAUGGCAGCCAUCUUUAGCCACGAUUCCUGAGGCGUAUAGCUUUGGAGUGACAGGAUAGCUAGCUGCUGCUAUAUUUUUUUGUUCUACCAGUUGCUCAGCUACCAAUUCACCAUGGAAAUUGUAUCUCUCUCGGAUAAUCGUGGAGAUAACAGCAAAUUGCAAACCACUACAAGCUUAAGGAACGAGAGCAAAGUUAAUGAGAAGUCACAUUAUAUCAUAUAGGAUUAUCAAUGCACGAGAUUAAAGUUAUUGAACCAUGAAUGCUGAGCACACAGGAAAAAGUUAGACAGAAAAUUGUACCUUAUAGGUGAGUUUGCAGGUCUAAUCUUUCUAUUAUUAUCCACUUUCAUUGAUGCAGCUUCCUUUUCUCUAGUUGAUGCUUCUCUCUUCAUCUUUUUAGACUCUACUUCAAUGGAUUUUGUCAGUGCAUCAACCUUCUUCAUGAGCAUCUGGCAAGGGAUUUUACCUCAGAUUCAAGCGGAGCAAUAACUGACUCGAUAGGAAGAGAGUAAUCGUCCUUUUGAUCUGCAUACACCCGUCUAAGGGUUGCUUCAGCAGCAUAUUGUGCAGCCAAUGCAUCUUUCUUCUCACUUGUUACUUUCUUGAUUUCAAUGUUCUGCAUUUCAUCAGUUUUGACACGAUUGGAGUGAGUAUCUUAGCCUCACGAAUUUAGCACAUUUUUCUGUAGCUCCAAGAGACUUCAGUAAAGCCUGGACUUACCUUAUGUUCAAGAAGAUUUUCAGUGACUCGGAGUUUCUCUUCCGUUUUCUGAACUUCAGUUCUGAGCUGUAAAAAUAACAAAAGAAAUGCAAACACGGAUUUAGUGGUAA